AUGGUCCCGGUGAAACAGGAGUGGAGCCGACAGAGAAGGACAGGGAACAAUGUGACAGUGCAGCUAACUCCUCCCAGGAAAUCCCAGGAAAUCUUCUUCGAGGUGGACCUGCCCAAAACCGCCUUCAUCGCCAACUUCAGCAUGGAAAUCGAUGGUCAGAUGUACGUUGGAGAUGUAAAGGAGAAAGAGAAAGCUAAGAAACAAUAUGAGAAGGCUGUUUCCUCUGGACAGACUGCUGGACUGGUGAAGGCUUCUGGAAGAAAGAUGGAGAAGUUUUCAGUCUCUGUCAAUAUCGCCGCCAACAGCAGCGUGACUUUCGUUCUGACCUACGAGGAGCUCCUUCAGAGGAAACUGGGCCAGUAUGAGAUUCUGACCCGAGUUAAACCAGAGCAACCGGUGCAGGACUUCCAGAUUGUAACAAACAUCUAUGAGCCUCAGGGUAUUGCUUUUGUUGAGACCACUGCGACCUUCCUCUCCAACGAGCUGCUCCCCCUGGUGAAGAAAACCGUCACAGACACAAAGGCACACAUCUCUUUCUCUCCAACACUGGAUCAGCAGAAGAAAUGUCCAGGAUGUGAAGGCACCAUCAUUGAAGGAGAUUUCAUCAUCAAGUACGAUGUGAAACGAAAAAAGGGCCUCGGGGAAGUUCAGGUCAGGAGCCAACAAAGACUUUUCAGCAGCACAUAAGACUCAGUUAUGUUAC